UCAGUUGGUCAGUAUCGACCGCACGUACCUGGCGUAAAUUGUACGAGGGACAUUCGUCGCAUCGAUUAUUUCGCAUUUGUGCCGUCUAGACUACCAUCGUAGCCAUGUCCUUUUCCGCCACGUAAACUUAAUUCGUAACUGGUAUGUUAAAAAUUUGUUCAGUUUUACGAGGCACGUGGUAAACGAUCGUUUCAUCUGUUGCACAUUGACUCUGAGUCAAAUAAUCAUCUUUUUUGUGAUCGAACUUGCAAAGCUUUGACCGUGAGGUGAUUAUCCCUAUUUAAAGCGCGUUGCGCAAGUUCGAACACCUCAGUUAAACACGACAAACUCCCAUAAAAUCAGCAGCCAUCAAUCGCACGGUGAUUACUGUCGUUAAUCACGGGAACUUUCGUUAUAUGCAAAACAAAAUGCACAGUGAUUCGAACUUUUGCUAAUGCACCGGGGUUCAAAUUUAUCCAUCAAACAGGAUCGCUUCGUAUUUUAAUAAUAUGUUUUUACGGUGGCAAGUGAAGUACACGGAUAUAAAUUAUCACUGUGCAAACGACUCAAUCAGUGAGUAUAAUAAUUUGUGGCUAAUUUUAAAAUUCUGUGUGACAAAUUAAACGACCGUAUCAAUGUUGCUCAAACGUGUCUGAAGUAAGUGCAGGUAAUUUUAAUCGUACAAUGGCGCGUCCGAUAUACGAGUGCAAUUUCGGACUGCGUAGUGAGAAUUACACAGCCAGUGGUCCGAUAUUUUGUACAAUCAACAAGCAAUACUGCUGCAACUCACAAUGUUGCCUUGUACAGCGAAGACCGACUCGCCAGCUUUGGGAAGCCUGGUACUUUUGGCUCGGACUCGCUUUGCUCGCUCUAUUUCUGCUCACAUCGGUAAGCAGCUACCUCGUCAGUAGCUGCAGGCACAAUCUUCACGCGGCUCCGUUCGGCUUCAGCAAUCAAAGAUCACUGUCAAGAGACGGACAAAACGGCGCCAACAGUCCAAAUCAAAUAUCCGUCAACGUGAUCGCAACACCGGAGACCCUUUCCCCCCAUAGAAAAAUGGUCCUUGUUGCACCGCGGGCGAGUCUUACACACAUGACGCCAGUCGUCGCCUGAGUUCUUCGCGUGGAAUGCAGCUAUACAUACUACCAUGUAUUACAUGGUGCAAGCAUAUGACAUUUGCUGCAAAACUUUCGCAACUGUUUCUGUUGCACUCAUCGCGCUCUACCAAAAUCAAUUACAAAUUUAUGCCGCAAUUAUACCUACAUACACGAGUCCUUGCAGCGCACUUGAUGUGAAGAGAAUGACAGAUUUAUUACAGCUGCUGAAGUAGUAACGAAGAUUUUUUGAAUCACAUCUACUACCCACAACUCAAUCUAUUAUUAUACACUAUCUUUCCGCCCAUGCGAAACGAAUGUAUGUUCGUUAAUGCAUCACCGCGUGUAGUAGACAAGGAAUAGGUAAAUAUGCAUGUGUGUGCGUGUGUCUGUGUGUGUAAUACGAAUGAUAAAAAUACACCUGUAUACUAUUACUAAUAUAUAUCUGCAAUAAAUUUAUCCCUUAUAUUUAUACUCCUAUGAGAAGUUGCGUUUUUUAACAAAAAUUAUGCACUUGGACGGCGAUCGUUAUUAGAAAGUAGAUAAUUACGAAUAUAAGUAUUUUACUCACUAGGCGCAACAUUCCUGCAGCUGACGGGACCAAAUGAUGGAAGAAAAACAAAGUGAAAAUAAAAUUGUGUGUACAAGUACAGAUAUGAAUAAUUAGUGCCUGCGUAUGAAUGACUAAGUAUAUCUACAGCCAUCAAGUAUGAGGAAAAUGCUGAGUUUUCACAUGUAUAGCUAUAAUAGAUACACAGUGUACAAGUGUUUUAUAAGUAGAAGGCGUGGAAAAGCAUCGGACGCGUUGCAUAACGUCUACUCACUUUAUAGCAUAUAACUAUAUAAAUGUUAAUUGACAUUACGUUAGCCAUGUAAUAAUUUAUCGUAUAACUAAUCGUCUCGAACCAAUCUGCGACUGCAGCACGUUGAUGUUAUAGUAUUUAAAACCUACGAAUUACAGCUCGUUAUAUAUUCGCUCUAAUGUUUCGAAAGGCAGAAAGCAGCCGUCAAAAACAAUUAAAUAAAUGUCAAACUACUCGCGCACCAAAUAAUAACACACGCGUGUUUAUGACCCGGUUGCUAAUUAUUUAUGGAAUACUUAAUUCGCCAACCGACGUAUUGAUGCAAUACCGAAUUGAGCAAGUAACUAGAAAUUGUAUUCUUUUUAAUCAACACCCGAUAGCACCCGUGUUUUUGUAAUUAACAAUACAAAUAAUAGUACAAUAAUUGUAAUUAUUUGUACAUAAGCAUUAAACGACAAAUAAAUGUAUAUUUCAAAUGAAAAACU